AUGGCGUACAGUACGACAAUUAGUUACAGUUGGCCGUUCUUCUCGUUCCUUCUAGACGGUCGCUUUCCUCACUCUUUCUUUUCGCUCUCAUCGAAGACGCCUCCGCCACCUCUCGGGCCCCGCGCGGCCGUCGCAGCUGCGUCCAGUUUAUGCGCCAUCAAAGCCGAGGCGGCGAUAAUGGCGGGCCGCAAGUGUGCGCCUCGUAAAAACGCGCCACUU